AUGGCUACUACUGCGGAAAGACGAGCAGAGAUUCUGAGCCCCAAAUUUGCCUGGGCUAUUGUAAGUGAAUUUGUAGGAACUGCAAUCUUUCUCUGCAUUGCCUUGGGCGCCUCCUUCAAGUGGCCUUUGGAACAGCCUAGCGUUCUCCAGAUUUCUUUGGCUUUUGGACUAACCAUCGCAACCAUGGUUCAUAUCUUUGGUCAUAUCAGCGGCGCACAUCUCAACCCAGCUGUCACCCUUGCUUACUUUGUGGGGAACCAGAUCUCCAUCGUCCGCUUUGUAUUUUAUACGCUCCUACAGGUGCUGGGAGGCCUUGCUGGUGCAGGAAUCAUCUAUUCCAUAACACCCGGAGAGGUCCGCUCAACACUAUUUGCCAAUCAUGUCCCCAAAGAAGUAUCUGCAACUGAAGCCUUUGUGAUUGAAAUCAUUCUAACUUUUUCUGUGGUUAUGUGCAUCUUCUCUGUAACUGAUAAGCGCAGGUGUGUGAGCAGCAGUUAUGCAGCAUUGUCUAUCGGCCUGGCUGUCACUAUGGCUCACCUUAUCGGGAUUUAUUAUACUGGCUGCUCCAUAAAUCCGGCAAGAUCCUUUGCCCCUGCUGUCAUACUGGGAAAAUUCGGUCCUUUUCACUGGAUCUUCUGGAUGGGACCUUUCAUAGGGGCUGUCUUGGCUGCUGUAAUUUACAACUACGUCCUAUGUCCCCAGAGACUGAGCAGGGAGCAGAGGCUGGCUAUUUUUAAAGGUUUCUGUGCCCCUGAAGAUAAUAUGCAGCAGCCACCAGGAAAUAGGGCUGAUUCACGCUGGAACAAUCCCUCUGGUCAGGAGAACCACCCCAUGAACUAUACUUCACACAUGUAA